AUGCGUUGUGCGAUUGGUCUUGCAUUGGCGAUUCUAACUGAAGCACAGUUCAACAUACCCAUACCAUUUGGUAAUAUCGGACUCAAGAAGAACGAGGCGGGAAAUCUCGAAAUUACAUCUAAUGAAGGUUUCAACUUAUUUGGUUAUGGAGGAAAACGACAUUUGAAGCUGCUUGAAAUUACAUCUAAUGAAGGCUUCAAUUUAUUUGGUUAUGGAGGAAAACGACAUUUGAAGCUGGUCACGGGGAAUGGAACAUUCCAGAUUGAAAAAGAAGAUGCCGGCAUCGUGAACGGCUCUGAAUUUGGCGGAGCGGGCGCUUUCAGUUUUGAUAAGGAAAGAGGAAUUGAUAUCGGGCAGAAUGUCACAUUGGGUGAUCGCACUGCAGUUGGUGGUCCCGGACGAGAAGGAGGUUUUCUCGCCGAUUUGUUGAGGGCGAUCCAGAAUUUGACAAAGAAACAGACUUAA